AUGGAUUCUUCAAUGGAUAUCAAGAACGGGAAAUCUAACCCUUGUGCCUUUGGCAAAUUACCACUUGAGCUGGUUCAAAGGAUCAUGGGUCAUCUUGACCUAAAAGGUUUACUGGCAAUGAUUCGAACGUCUUCGAAUAUAAAUGGUAUAUUCAAGGCAGCUCAGGAAGUCAUUCUCUAUCAUGUUAUCUUCAACGAACUCGGUCCUGACAUUUUCCCACUCGCAAUAUUGCAUUACGCCUGCUUGGACCCGAACCUAAAAGUCGACGCAGGAGCAGUCGUUACUAGUAAGUCACAUAUCCCCACCCCUGCUGUUUUGCUCCAUUUCAACAACGAGGAACUAUACAUCGAUGCGACAAGAUAUCAAAUGUCAAAACACAUAUUUACUCGAGCGGUUGCCUACAAGGUUCUCUCGACUUAUAAACAGAUCCAUCACGACAUGGAACAAUUCAUAGACUGGGUACAUGGCACAUUCACCAUGCACAAUAUGUCACCCCCUCAGGAGGGUUGUUUCAGUGCUACGGAGAGACUGCAUAUGCAGCUAUGCAUAUACGUAGCUGAUUGCGCGAGAAUAUUGUUUCCAGAUGAAUAUCAGUUGGACGAGCAGAACAGGUGGACUACUGUCAUCUUUAGCCGCGAAAAUUUGGAAUGGGUUGUUGUUAACAAGGUCCCCGAGAACGAUCCCCCUUUUGGGAUUCGCUCGGCAAACUAUAUCUGCGAUAUAGCACGUGUGGUGAGACAUAGAACUCGAACAUAG